AGACCUUCUUGUCGGUGAAAAGUCACAGUCAGGAAAUCUGGAGAUGGAGAAGGGACACCCACCACAGGUCUCAGCUCCACCAUACCCUGGACCACCCAUGAACGAUGGAGGUAUGGUACAUCCGCAAGAAAUGUACCCUCAGCCGGGACUUUCACCAGCUGCACCUCCACCUGUUGUUUAUCAAGGAGUCCCAACAACCUCAGUCACUCAUGUGGACGUGACACCUGCACUGCAGGACGCCCCAGGACAAAUGCUGUGUCCUAAAUGCCACCAGACUGUGGUCCCCACCACGGAGCACAAAGCAAACCUCCUGACGUGGGCCGUCUGCUGAGGCCUCACCAUCUUUGGGUAAAAGUGAUCGUUUUGAUUCAAACUUUCUGCACAUAGUUUCAAUUGGAGGAUAUCUUAUGGAAAACACAGGGAGACAUAUUAAAGUAUAAUCUGAAAUUAUGUCA